CAGAGGAAAAGCUCUCAGUAAAUGUGGAGCUCAUGGUGUAUUGAGGAUCAUUGCACAACUCAACAACAUUUUGAAUGUGUUAUGGAUGACAAAGAUGAAGAUAUAGACUCCUUUGACCUGAGCCUUCCUGAGGAGGGUUCAUUUGCUCUGCCCCCCGGCUGGCUGGACAAUGUGACAGGCUAUGAGGAACAUAAAGGGGGAGACUGUACAGAUCAAAUCUAUCCUCCUCCACCAGACUUUGUUCCUCAGCCUGAAAAUAACAAAAAUGCUUUAGUUCCAAACACAAUGGUGCCAACUGUCUCAGAAGAUGUAGCGAGAGACGCUCUACUGCAGUUUGUGGGUAAAAAGUGGACAUACAGCAGCAAGCCUGCGAAAAAUCUGAUCUUCAAAGACUUGAAUCCUUUUACAGUUUACCGUUACCGCCUGGAAACAUUUACUGAGUCCAGAUCAAGUGCCUGGGAAUCAGAGCCACACACAGGUCAGUUUGUAGAUGGCCCUCAGAAUGGAGUGAGUCCUCCACCGUGGCAUGUCCAGGUGUCCUAUCCACCCAAAUUCACUGAUGUUGUUCAGAAAGUCAGGGUGCCACACUCUUCAUUCAUAAAGCCAUGCCACCGAUGUCAUGGUAACGGACGAGUGAGGUGUACAAAUUGCCAUGGACAAGGACUGACUCGCUGUUUGUUUUGUCAUGGUUCUGGUCACAGUCGCAACCGACGGUGCACAAACUGCCACGGACGAGGAAGAAAAAGGUGUGUCUCAUGUCAUGGAAAGGGUUUCAAAGUCUGUCUUACUUGUUAUGGCCACAGAAACCUUGUGCAUUUCAUACAGCUCACAGUUACAUGGAAGAACCAGGUGUUUGAGUUUAUUCCUGACCGGCUGCCUGAAUUCCCACUACAUAAAUUUGAGAAGGUGUCUGGGGAAGUGUUCUUUGUUGAUGAAAACCUCCUGGUCUAUCCAGUAGAGGGCUUCCCUGACCAGGACAUCUGCGAGGCCUCAAAAGGAGCAAUCCAGAAUCACCUCCUUAAAUAUUCAGCUAUUAGCCGUAUUCUGCAACAGCGACAAACAAUUGAGCUGGUGCCUCUCACUCAUGUUUUCUAUGCUUACAAUGGAAAAGACUACAAUUACUUUGUUUUUGGGAGAGAAAAUAAGGUCCACACGACCAAAUACCCUGCUUCCUGUAGUAUUUUGUAGUAUAUGUAUUUGUCUUAUUUCUGGGCAAAUACCAUAAUCUAGAAAAUUCAUACUGUUUUAUUUAGAUGUAUAUUACAUCUUUUUGUAUUAUAUAGAUUCAUUGUAAAGGACUAAAUGCUUUUAUUGUAUAUUUUCAUGUGUGGCUUUUUGAUGCAAGUUAAAAAAAGCUGCAUAAAAAAUAAAUAAAUAAAUAAAAAAAAAAUAUACCACUAAGUUGUCAUAUGUUUCAUAUUGUGGGUCUACUACAUCUGCAUUUGCAAAAUAUGAUUUAUACCCUGAUUGUACACGUAUAUCACCCAGACAUCUAUUUGAUGUGUGUGUUUACAUCUGGAAGACAUAUUUUUUGUGCUGUUUGCUCAUCUGCAAUACGUCUUAGACAUAUGUCAAUAUGCCUGUGUCUCUGAUGUUAAAAUGAAAUUCAUCAGAUGUCUUUGAGAUGUUUAUGAUUUAAACUCUUUGUAAAUCUGAUCUUUUUAAGAUGUUUAGCUGAUGUUAAUUAGAUUGUGAUGCUUUCCAGAUGAAAAGAUCUAAAAUAGAUAUCUUCGAGAUGUACAUGUGGUAUCUGGGUAAACCAGAGUUUUUCACUAUUAUUUUGCAACCUUGAUAGCACACGUAAAUCACCUAGACAUCUAUUUUUUUUACGAAGUUUUCUCAUCUGCAAUAUGUCUAUAAAAUGUUUUCUCUCGGAUGUCAAUAAGACAUUCAUCAUCCGAUAACUUUAAGACAUUUAUUAUUUAGAAUGUUUAUAAAUCUGAUCUUUUAAGAUGUUUAGCAGAUGUUAAUUAGAAUGUGAUGCUUUCCAGAUGAAACACUCUUAAACAGGCAUCUCAGAGAUGUAUAUGUGCUAUCUGGGUAACU